GGCGGGCGGCUGGCGGGCGCACUCUGGCCGAGCCAUGCCGGCGGCGCGCGUGGAGUACAUCGCGCCCUGGUGGGUGGUGUGGCUGCACAGCGUCCCGCACCUCGGCCUGCGCCUGCAGCCGGUGGACAGCACCUUCAGGCCCGGCGAUGAGAGUUACCAGGAGUCGCUGCUGUUCCUGGGGCUGGUGGCUGCCGUCGGCCUGGGCCUGAACCUCAUCUUCCUCGCGGCUUACCUGGUCUGCGUGUGCUGCUGCCGGCAGGAGGAUGCCGUGCAGACCAAGCGUCGCCACUCCUGCUGCGUCACCUGGACGGCCGUGGUGGCCGGGCUCGUCUGCUGUGCUGCCGUGGGCGUUGGUUUCUAUGGAAACAGCGAGACCAACGACGGGGUGUACCAGCUGAUCUACUCCCUGGACAACGCCAACCACACCUUCUCUGGCAUCGAUGUGCUGGUGUCCGGAACCACCCAGAAGAUGAAGGUGGACCUGGAGCAGCACCUGGCCCGGCUCAGUGAGAUCUUCGCCGCCCGGGGCGAUUACCUCCAGACGCUGAAGUUCGUGCAGCAGAUGGCGGGCAACAUUAUCGUCCAGAUGGCAGGGGUGCCCGCGUGGACGGAGGUCACUGAGGAGCUGACCCAACUGGCCAACCAGACUGGCUACGUGGAGUACUACCGGUGGCUCUCCUACCUCCUGCUCUUCGUCCUGGACCUGGUCCUCUGCCUCCUCGCAUGCCUGGGACUGGCCAAGCGCUCCAGGUGCCUCCUGGCCUUGAUGCUAUGCUGUGGGGUGCUGGCCGUGCUACUCAGCUGGACGUCCCUGGCCGCCGACACUGCUGCGGCAGUGGGCACCAGCGACUUCUGCGCGGCUCCCGACGCCUUCAUCCUGAACAUCACGGAGGGCCAGGUCCACACAGAGGUGACCCGUUACUACCUGUAUUGCAGUCAGAGCGCAAGCAGCCCCUUCCAGCAGGCCCUGACCGUCUUCCAGCGCUCGCUGACCACCAUGCAGAUCCAGGUGGCGGGACUGCUGCAGUUCGCCGUGCCCCUCUUCCCCACAGCAGAGAAAGAUCUGCUCGGAAUCCAGCUCCUGUUGAACUCCUCCGAGGCCAGCCUCCACCAGCUGACGGCCAUGCUGGACUGCCGGGGGCUGCACAAGGACUACCUGGACGCCCUCGCUGGCAUCUGCUAUGACGGCCUCGAGGGCCUGCUGUACCUCGGCCUCUUCUCCCUCUUGGCUGCCCUGGCCUUCUCCACCAUGAUCUGCGCGGGGCCAGGGGCCUGGAAGCACUUUGCCACAAGGGACAGAGACUACGAAGACAUCGACGAUGAUGACCCCUUCAACCCCCAGGCCCGGCGCAUGGCCGCACACAACCCCCCUCGGGGGCAGCUCCGCAGCUUCUGCAGCUACAGCAGUGGCCUCGGCAGCCAGACCAGCCUGCAGCCCCCGGCCCAGACCAUCUCCAACGCCCCCGUCUCGGAGUACAUGAACCAAGCUGUGCUCUUCGGUGGGAACCCGCGCUACGAGAAUGUGCCGCUAAUUGGAAGAGGCUCCCCUCCGCCCACGGCGGUUUCUUAACCGCUGCGCCACCAGGGAAGCCCCUGGAGAAGCUUUAAACCAGACGGCCAUGCACAUCACAGGCAAUCUGCUAAGGGGAUUGCAGAGACAGAGCUCAUCCUACACAGCCGGGCAGAUGGAUACCCCACAUUCCGCACCUGUCCUCAAGAUAAACCGUACCUGUCCUCCAGCAAGAGGAUGCAGCAGCACCGACGGUCACACUGCUUCAUUCCUAAAUCCAGCUGCUCGUUGGGUGCCAAGCAGGCUCCCUAACCGCCAGGGAGAUGGGGGACCGUCUUCCUGAUGUUACCAUUUCAGAGAUGGCUCCCAGACCCGGAAGAAAACGUUCCUGGAUUUUAAAACUGCUGAGAGCCUUCGUUGGCCGUGAGUCGUGCAGGAUCUCAGUUCCCCAACCAGGGAUGGAACCCGUGCCCCCUGCAGCGGGAACAUAAAGUCUUAACCACUGGACCGCCAGGGAAGUCCCUUCAUUGGCCUUUGGAAAGGUUUAUACAGCUCUCAAAGGGACAGAGAAAUCAUUUAUAAACUUUUAAAAGGAAAUGCUACUCCAAGAAGUAUUUCUCUCCCUUUUCACGCUGGGGAAGUUUUUCUUUUUAGGUUUGUGUUUACCUUGACACUGUGGGCUAAAGGGUGGGGGGCUGCUGUGGUGGCAGGUCUGGGAGGGCUAAUACAAGACCUGCCUGCCCCAACCCCACCCAGCUCCUGAUGUCCCCUGGGCUGUGCCUAAGCGGGGUCCACACUUCCCACCCGCCCUCCACCUCCAGGCAGGGGACG